AUGGCUCAGGGCUCUGACAGCAACGACACAAGCUACAAGUCCCCAUCACCUGGAAGCAGACCGAGCUCCUCGGACGACGUGAAGAAGGUGAUGCGGCGAGAGAAGAACCGGAUCGCCGCGCAGAAGAGCAGGAUGAGGCAGACCCAGAAAGCCGACAGCCUUCACCUGGAGAGCGAGAACCUGGAGAAGGAGAACGCCGCCCUGAGGAAGGAGGUGAAGCAGCUGACAGAGGAGGCCAACUACCUGUCGUCCGUUCUGAGCAGCCACGAGCCUCUGUGCACCGGCCUGACCCCCCAGACCCCCGACCUGCUCUACUCUCCCCAUCAAAGCAGCUACCACCGCCAGCACAUUGCUGUUCCACACUACCAGCGCUGA